ACGACUGCUAUCACUUCAUGUCCCAAACUAUGCCAUUCCUCAUCCCAGCCGAUAUCUCAAAUUGAUGCAAUCCUCAGCCUCCAGAAAGGCGGAAACGGGUCUUCUAGUCCUGUUUGUCAACAGGAAAGUGACACUCGGUUGUUUUCCCCACGACCUCUACCGUCCCCUCGCACAACCCAUCUCUGCCGGACCCCUGACUCGGCUGGAGUAUCAGCAGUUCCAACUCUAUCCACGCCCUCCAUUUCUCCAAUCGUCUGCUUCGCUCGCCAACAACUAUCUCCUGUUCCUUCAGUAGAAUCCUUGUCCUCCGAGUGUCCUUCUCCAGCCUUGUCUCUGCCAAAGAAGCAAGCCUUUCCGCUCGAUCUGCAUCACGACGUCUCAUUUCCUUCAGUGCUAGAGGUUCCAUCAGUUUCAGCGCCAAUUACCGCUUUUAGCGCAGAUCCAUCUCCCACCAAGUGGAGACUAGAGCCGCUAUCGAAGUCCUCCGGCCUCGGAUUGGGCCUAGCGAUAGAUACAGAAUUGGAGGCGGGCGCUGGCACCGGAGACGAGACUGACACCAGCGUAUUAGGUUUGGCUUGUCGAUUCUUGAUAACAGAACGCGCCCAUUCCAGUCAUUUAGAGCGAUUAAUCGACGCUCAUCUUGACCAGCUCAAACAGCAGGCGCUUUCAGCACCCAGACAGACACAUCCCCAAUGA